CUCUCUCCUCAUCUUCCAUCGUGCCUCAGCCUCAUCUCUGUAGUUCGCAUUUCUUGCCGUUUUAGCUCGUUUUGCAAGCAGGAUGAAGUUCAGCAGUAAUGGCCCAAAUCGCUGACAGCUUGAGGGAGAUGUCGGACUUGAACAUAAUAUUUUGGUAAGAAUAAGCCCUGUGGUUUCUUUUUGGGCUUCCUCACCACAUUGCUUCGGAGUAUUUUCUGUAUUUUAAUGUAGUGAAAUACAAGCUCAAAUAAACUAAUCAUAGAUAUGGAGCUUAAUUUUUCAUAUUUUUUCAGUCGUUCUGGGAUCAAUUAUGCUUAACAAGAUUUGCCAGAUUACUGGAUUAAUGUCUCCGUAAUUCCAUAUCAUAUCCAUUCAUAUUGUUUCUUUCUUUGUAUUGUUUGUUGAGGCCCUGCCGGGGGAGGGGGGGGGGGGGUUCCUCGUCGCCCGUCGGAAUUUUAAAGCGUCUCGUGUCGGUGUUUAUAAAUGCUUGUCGCUUAUUGUCGGCUUUGCUGUCACUGUCGCAAUUUGGCAGAGGGAGGUUGUCUCUUGUCACGAUUUCAUUUUAUGCGCUGUCGCUACUUUUUGGGCCAUAGUGCUUGUUGGAAUUUACCCUGGUAGGGCCUCUUUGUUGCUGUCUCCUGUGCAAAACGUCAACAUGAUUUAAAAAAUUUUUACUUCGGCACAAGUCUGUUUUAUGCAUCAUUCUACUGUUGCUGGAAACUCAUUAAAAAUGAUGGACAAACCACUGACCCCCAGUCCAUGGACAACCCUCGGGGAUAUGCUACCCAUAUGGACCAACCUGAAAUGGACUACACCUGCUGAAGUGUAGUAAUAAGCUUUAGGAAACGGAGUGAUUCUUAUCCCAUUUAGGGUCAUUAUACUGGGAAAACUUUCCUGAAACUUGAUUCACUUUAGUUUCCUAAGCCUAAUCACUAGACUUCAGUGGCUUAAUCCAUUUUAGGGUAGUCCAUAUGGGUAGUCCAUGGGUUUAUUCCAUGGACUGGGGGUCAGUGUUUUGUCCAUCACCCUUAUUAAACACAUACCAAUAUUUUUCUUUAGCCCUGAUGAGCUUCUCUCGCAAAUCAAGAAGCCUUUAAACCUACCACUUCAUGGCGGACCAAAAGCAUUUGCUCCGGAUGAGAACAGUGUAGAAGAUGAGCUCUUAACAUCUAUGCUGGAAGAACAGAAAAAUGUUUUGAAAGAACAAAGAAUUCAUAAAAGGUAUUGUUUUAAAUAUAAACACUAUUUAUUUUACAAAUAAGCCCCUUCUUUCGUACUGGUGGUCUUCAAUCUCAUGGUGUAUUUUUUGGCUGGAAAAUUAGGUACUUAGGUUAGUGAUAAUAGUCUGGACUUAUUUGCUGUGCAUUAUUCAGAUCUGCCAAUAAAAGUUUAAACUAGUUUAACAGAACAUAAAUUUGAUAAGAGUUUUUAAGAGAUUUAAGAGUUGAAAAGGAUGCUUCAUGGGCUGUAUAUGUUGCGAUUCAAUAAAUUCUAAUUGAAUCAAUUUAUUAUUAUUAUUUUUUUUUUAUACAUGCUGUCAUAAAUCAGCAUACCAUAAAACAAAAGGAAAGUAAAUAUUGUACAAAGGCUAAAAUUCAACCACAACAUAUAAUUAUACUUAAUUCAGAAAGAAUUGACAUGAAUGUCUCUGAAAGUGUUGUUUUUUGUAUUUGCUUGAAGGGGAAACUUGUCUGUCGCUACUUGGAAUCCUGAAGAACAUGUGGUUGAGGUAUCAGUUGCAAAGGUAACUUAUAUGUAUAUAUUGGCAAGAACGAUGUAUCAAACAAUCCACCAUUACAUAGUUCAGCUGUAAGGAAAUCAAGGACUGGCCUCAUUUUAUAUUUUAAUUCACUGUUUUUGAGCCUACGCUUUUUUCAGAAUCAUCUGCUGGUUUCACAUAGCGCUGUUGACACUGUCUAGUUAGUCCACUGUCUUGGGCUAACAUGAUCAUUUUCUUUCAGCUCAUUAUGCAUUCCUCCCCAUCCAUUGUUUCUCAUGUUGAAAAAAUAUUUCACUCAUUGGCUGCACUCACUCGUGAAAUAUUUUUCAACACUCGAAGAGAAAUUUCGUAUCUCCGCGCGGCCAUGUAAUAUCCUCUAUAUACGAGGCUAAGUACGAUAAUUAUUCUCUAUAUCAUACAAAAGCCAAAUCCAAUAUUUCUUUUAUUAUUGAUUCAAAAAUUAAUAAUAUUCCAUGCUUUAUACCUUAUAUAAAAAGUUUCCAUCACCUUCAUAACAUUUGCCUGUUUAUUGGCAGUUUCAAGACAGGGGAGAUUUAUUCUAGCAGGGAUAUUUUUCAAAUAAGGCCCGUUACAGACGGCAACUUUUCACGAGCUGAACCUAAUUCGAAUUAAGGCCGACCCAGAUUAUUUAGACCAGCUGAAUUGAUUCAGAUGCUGUUCUUAAUCCCAGCUGAACUAAGAUUGAAAGGUGAAAAACGCUCAUUUUGAUCAAACUGCUUACAAAAUACGUUAUAAUGAUUUAUGCAUUAGGUUCGGUACAUGCAAAGUUUGGCGUCUGAAUCAAAGCCGUUCAAAAGUUGCUCCAAAGGCGUAAUUUCCGGUUGUGCCAGGCGAAAAGAACAACUGAGCCUUUCCAAAAUGAAACAGGCAUUCCUAAUUGAUUCAGACUCCAGACUUUUCAUGUACUUAAUUCAAUGUAUUAGGUACAGCUCAUGUAAAGUUCGGCGUCUGAACCGUGCCUAACAGUUGUUAUAUAUCAAGUGGUAUUAGACUGUGAGCAGUCCUCUUUAGUCAGUCGAGUCUAAGCUCGGUAGGACUAGAGAGCAAAAUGGCCAAGAGGGAAACUGGAGAGAGGUGCUUCCUCCCCAACUUCCCCUUGGCUUCUUGUAUUUUACUUUUGCUCGCUUCGCUCGAUUUCAUCACUCACGUGACCAUCCUGAGGGACUGCUCGCAGUCUAGAGUGGUAUUUUUGCUAUUCUUGGCAUAAAGUGGUAAAUCUUCUCAAUACUUUAUUCUCUCCAUAAUUGUUAUUUAUGCCAAGCCAUUUAGUUUAUUCACCAAGUUUUUGUACACUGUAACGAGGUGUAUAUCCUGCGUGUACGUUGUGCUGGCUGUAUAUUUAUUUUGCUCAAAUUUCAUUGUUAUUUAUUUAUUUGUAUUUUCUUGUUUGAUAGGGUUCUUAUUGGCAACACUUUGGCCAAAGAAAAGGAAGCAAGAUGCUUCUAAAGCCACAUGAAGCUCUGUUUCUUUUGGAGCAGGUUAAUGUCAACUCAUUCUUAUCUUUAUUUAAUAAUAAAAGUGAUAACUUUUUGAUGUGGACACCUGGUAUCAUUACAAAUUGAAACUCACUUUCAUUUGUUUGUAUGGUAUUAAGUUGCUGUUUAUAUACUACUUAUUAACUGAGAGUGAGGUCUUUACAGGGAAAUCUCAGAAUGAGGCCUUGAUAUAUUGACUGAGCGAUAGCAAUAAUGCCUUGUCAUUACAAGAAAACAGCCAAUUAAAGCAUCCAUACUAUUGAAGCCAUAUAAUAAAAUUAUUUAUUGUAACCCUAUCAAACAGCCAUGCAAACUGCAGUGUUCUGUUCUGUAUAGUAAUCAGUCGCAGACCUGAGCAGGGGCACUCCUAUAUAAGAUAUUAUCAAAAGGGUAUGCAUUUUGACUCUUUUAUUCUGGAACUGGGUAUAAAAGUACCCUUUCUCUCUGCUGGAAGAGGGGUAUAUUUCACUUCAGUUUGACUUAAGGGGCUGAGAAACUCAGUGUGUUUUGAUGGGAGAGUUUGUCUCAAUCUUAUGUCAAGGUGACUGGUAACAGUUUUAGUACCAGUGAAUUUUGGUCAAGUUUGCUUCAAAUAUUUUCUUUUAAUGAAUUUGUUCUAAUAUGUCAUUUGUUUUCUAGGGAAGCUUAGAACUUUUUUAUGGAGGACUACCAAUGUCUUUUCAGCAGGUAAGUGUACUUAUUUAAUAACUGUAUUUAUUACCUCUGAUGACUGAAAAUAACUAAACUGUGUGGUUGUCUCCAUGGGCUAUUAAAUUUUGAUCUGGUCUGUAGAUGUUUGUACUCAAAUUGACUCGAUAAGACAUCUUAAGAUUGGAUCAUUGUGUGGGCAAGUACCUCCACACAGUGACAUGUACAUUUGAUGCAUAUUGUUAUUGAAACCUCCAAAUACAUUGUAAUAAUGACCACCUCUAAAUCAUUGUUCAACCUGGAACAAAAAUUGUUUAAAACACAUGUACAUCACCAUUAUCAUGAAUAAGAAUACAGCUGUAAGAAGAAUAAGAGUAACCUGUGCCAACUGUCCUCACUUGAAGCCGUUAUGGCUAUAAAUUCCGGAGGAACCAGAGAGGUGAGAUCGGGCAUCAGCAUGUAAAGGUGCUCUAUACAGCCUCUUGAAUGCAUGUUUUAUGUCACCUCGCCCACCCACACCAAUAAUGGCACAAGCCAGAUAGACCUACAUGUGCUCUUUCCAAACAAUAUGCAACUACCAUCAUGUCACCUGUCAUCUGAACUAAGAAAAGGUUUUUUAUCACAGCUAGCAUAAUGUCACCAGUCAGCGUAAUGACUGUGGUUGGUGGUCUGGCCGGGGUUGGAACUUGUGGCCUCCUGGCCUGUAAAAUGUACAAUAUGUACAGAUUUUGUUGUAAAAGGUAGAAAAAAUCUCGACUUUUGCAACAAUUUUUCGGUCACAACCUGCAACAAUACCUGAUUUGUUUCACUACAGCUUUGAACAUGGGUGUAUAGUAAAAGGUGCAACAUCGGUUUUCAAAUUGUUUUGCUCAUGUUGCAGCAACAUUGCUAAAACAAGUCGCACAUUUUUUACUCCUGUUUAACUGUACCUAAUACUCACCCAUGCUUUACAAUUGCCAAACUCCAGAAACAGGCUAUAGUUGACUCUCCCUUCAAUUCUUUUGGUUUAUGGAGACUUCUUUACAAAUCAAGUCACCAGCUUCAAAAUUUUAGCCGCCAUGGCGACUAAAGUGGUCACAACUUGGCGGGUUGCCUUAUACUAACGGCCACAGGGCUACACCUCUUUAAUUCGGACACCUUGGUAAAAAGGACACCUAGAGUUGGUCCCUGCCUCUCUUAUUCCCUUAAUUUGCCUGUCUAUAAGGCAGACCUCACUCUCAGAUGGACAUUUGGUGCUGGUCCCAAAGUUUUGUGUCUUUGAGAGUUGUCUGUAUUGCUACUCAGAUCUAGAGUCUUGCCUCGUGGACACCUGACUAUUAAAGACACCCUGAUAAUAUGGACAGUAGCUUAUGAAUUCCCACGGUCACAGACUUGUGUUGCUAAAGAGAAGAACUCGUGCUUGCAAGGUUGUCUGCAAUAAUGGGAGUUGAUUGUUCGUAACUGUAGUAAACCAGAUAUUAGUUUGUUAGGGGAUCAUGAUACACCUGUUUUGUGUAAGCUACCAACCAGCCAUCAAUCUGCUGUCUCAAUACCACUGUUGUUUAGAGCUCUGCCUAUAAAACAAACUGAAGGAAACUGUCUAAAAGAUGCCUUGUUACAUAAUCUUGGUCCCGAGCUCUAUAAUACAUUUGGAACACUCCUGAUUCUUUGGUGCUUGCGUGUCUAAAAUGAACUGGCCCAAGUGAUACCCUGGCAAUAUGUCUUGUUUCGGGCAUGGUAUGUUUACAAAGGCCCUUCAGGGAUCAUCAGAGAGCAAGAGUUUAAUGAACAAAGUUUGUAUCUCUUUUGUUAGGGUUAUAUGUCCCUGUUAUCUGAGGAUUUUACUCCUGAUCACUAUCAGGUAAGUAUUUCUUUCCAUUAAUAGCUUAACCCUUUUAAAAGUCCCAAUAUCCACAUACAAAUUCUCCAGACUUAGCUCUAUACAUUUCCUUAAAGAAUUAGUUGGGAGAAUUUGAUAAAAGAUCUUUCGUGAUCAUUUUAUUAAUUCUCAUAGACUUUGCUAUGUCAACGUAUGGAUAUCGUUAGGAGAAAAUUGAUGUUGGUCACCAUUGAGACUUAAAGGGUUAAAGAGCAUGUGUGUUUUUAGCUGUGUGGGACUGUAUAGUACAGUACAUGCGUAUUGUACUUUCAGUGAUUUUUAUAGAACAUUGAAAGGCUUGUGAGUCUCCAGUGUCUAAAAAGUCUCCUUUGCAGCCACUUGGACCGGAGUCACGCAAUGCUUCCCGCUUCACGCGGGAAGCAUGGCGUGACUCCGGCCCGAGCAGCUGCAAAGGAGACUACCUGUGUCUCAGUGGUGGAGCAUCUAGUCUAGUACCCAGAAGGUCAUAGGUUUGACUUCCGAGCCGCCUGUGUCACUGACUGAAAAACAUCUUUCCACAUCUUUCUAGGUUAGAAUCGAGUUGGGAUGUUGUACACUGUCCAUGUAAAUGUCCAUUAAGUUUCCUCACUUACUUAUCUACUCACUUACUUGCGUACAUAAAACUGCUGUUGUGUUUUUAUUACAGGUUUAUGCCUAUUUUCUGCGUCUUGGAUUUACCGUUUUACAACAUUCAUCAAGGUGAGGAUAGGCACUUGUGUCACAUGUAUCUAUGGAGUUACACUCGGGUGAAUACAGGCAGUUUUAGCAAAGACAAUGUUUUUGAGCGACGGACGUCAACCGAGAACGCAUCAUUGGGCAGUGGAUUGGUUCAAACUCUCGUGGAAAAGGACUCAGCAAUGCAAAUUUGUUAGAGUCAAGGCAUAUAAAAGAGAAGAAACCUCACUUCCGCUGCCCAAAACGUCUUUUGCUUAAGCUCCCUAAUUUGAGAACAAACAUUCUUUUUGCCUGUCCUAGGCUCUGAAAUAGUCGAUUCCACGAAACUGAAAAAGCGCCAACACGAAAAUAAACGGGAGGAAACUGGGGAGAGGAGGAACGCCACCGCGCCCUUUUCCCAGAUCACGCGCUCAUAUUUUUUAGGUGCCUUUCACCUUCGCGUCUAUCCUACCAUCUGAUAGCUUGGAAUAGGCUACCGUUCUGUCAUUGGUCAAGUCCGUUAAUUUGAUCUACGCGCGUCGUCUUUAAUGUAGUCGCGUUGUCUUUGGUAAAUCUCUCUAAUAGCUGAUUCAAAGAUUGUUCAAAUCGCAAAAAUUCGCUGAUUACAUAAAAAAUUUAAUCAAACCCUAAAAAUACACAUCUACAAUCAUGGGCAAAAAUCUUGGGACAAAUUUGCAUUUAGGGGGCUUUUUUUCAAAUCACAUAAAAAACAAACAACGUUGGUCACUUGUAUCCAGAAUUUUCACGAGUUUCAACUUUGUACCGGGUAGGGGAGGGAGAACUGCGCGAAAUUUUUGAAAAGGUUGCACUGGUUUAUGAGGGCACCCUGACCCAGAAAUUACAGAAAAUUAUGAAUACUGCGUUACUGUCCCAAGAAGUUUUGUCCAAGAUUGUAUUUGGGUCGGUCAUUUAAACGAAUCUAAUUUACUAGGCUACGAUUUUAGAAAUAUUUUGACCUAUUACUUAUUGUUUAGACAUAAAAGUUCUCCAGGCAGUUCACGAAAGGAUCCGGUUCAAGAGAAAAUGGGACAUAGUUUUGGGACAUCCAAUGAGGCCUCUAGUGAUGAUUGUGUUAGUAGCAAUAAGCCAGUGAUAUCAUCCCCUGUAUCACACCUUUGGAACAGUGAAGAUGGCGUCACACCACUUGUUAGACCCGAGGACGCUACAUCAACAGGUAUAAUGUACGCUGAGCCUCCACUGCUUUAAGGAAGCAUCGCACGGUAUACUCAGGCCGCCUGUUUGGGAUGUAGCUAAGGAAAAGCUAAACGUGCUUAUGUAUUCGAAGCAGUUCCAUAAAAAGCUAGGUUGACUGUUAUUUUCUUACAAGAAAAUAAUUACCUCAUGUGACUGCUAGUCUGUCUGUGUUUUACGAAAGGUGCAAUUUGAGCCGGUGGUAAGCUCCUUUUCAUGCUGCAAAAUUCGCUAACAGCCGGCUAGACUCUCUUAAAGUGCAUUUCAGCUUUCUCUUGACCUGUCCCACGACUUCUAUCGCUCCCUUUUGCUUGCUUUGCGCGCUUCACUCGUGCCUUUGCCGCUGUCUUGGUCGACGUUUGGCAAGCCUGGCCUAGCCGCCCUUAGCUAAAUACCAGGAAUCAAUUAAAUUAAAACUUUUACACGUGUAAUUUACAAGUGUAGCUAUUGUUCUCAGACUCUAAAACAAUGGAGGAGGAUUUUGGAGCAUAAUAUACCCGUGCAAAUAUGUACCAAAUUGCACGCUUGAAGUUCUCCAAUCCCCUCUACUAUGCAGGAAAUAGACGGUUAGAAAUAUUGAGUGUUAAGUGCUUAACGCACAAGGUUGUAGGCGUUUAUUUGUGUUGAAUAUUGGGCCUGUUUUUCAGCCAGUUUUAAUAUUGCAAUUUAUUGUACUUGCUGGUGAAUUUCAGCUGCACUAUUGUCAAAGUUGCAAGUAAUUAAGAAUCAAAGAAUGACUGACACUGACUCGGCAAAAAAGUGAGUGAAUUUGUGGUUUUCAAUAUUUAAUUUUAUAUCAUAUCUUUACCACAACUUGGUAGAUAUCUUUCAUUUAUCUGCUUAUUGAUAUUUUUUGUUUAUCAAUUUUAUAUAUGAAAGGCUAUGAAAACAGGCUUGGAUGACCCUAUUUUGCGUCAGCAGCCCCCUUUUUUAUCAAAACUACCACAUUAUUACAGCCGCCAUAUUCAGUUUUCCCCAAGUCAAACUCUGGAUCAUUGUUGAUUAUUUAUUUAUUUAUUAUUUAUUUUUGGUCAACACAGCUCAGAUCAGCAGUCUCUCCAAGUAGCUUUUGAUGUUUAUCAACCAGGGGUGAACUUUAAGAAAACAGAUCCUGGACCACCACAUUUUUGCAUCACUGUGUGCAGGUAUGAACUUACUAGGGUUUCUGAAAUUCGGACGAACCUCCUUGAGCGACCACCGAUCCACAACACCAAAAUGUCCCACCUAAAACCCUUUACUGAGAACCUCUCGUAAACGAACAUCUCUCGUAAGCGACUGCGAGCACCUUAAUUCUGUGCCUUACGGUUUUAUAGUUUUUCAUUGUUUUUUACCUCAUGUAAACGAUCGCUUCACUAGAGGUGUGAUCUCUAUGUUCACUGUGUGUGUACUAUGCUACUCAGAGUAUGCGAAACUUUUAGUGAGAACAUAAAACUACACAUCCCAGCUUAUUAGGAAUUACAUUCAAUAAAAAGACCUUUCCACGGUCUUUUUCAACUUUUGACAUGGACAAGUUACGGAAAAUCUGUCAACGUCAGGAAAGAACGCCUUAAUAUUAGUAAAAUUACCAAAUUUGAAAGUGAUACGACGUAAGCCAGUGAAGAUACAGUCAACUAUCUCGAAGACGGACACCUUUGGGACCGGCACUAAGUGUCCGUCUUAGAGAGGUGUCCGUCUUAUAUAGAGAGUCAAAUAAAGGGAGUAAAGAAAGGCAGGGACCAACUCUAAGUGUCCGUUUUACAGAGGUGUUCGUCUUAUAGAAAGUCAAAUAUAGGGAGUAAAGAAUGGCACGGAGGUAUCUGUCUCAUAGAGAGUCAAAUAUAGGAGUAAAGAAUGCCAGAGACCAACUCUAAGUGUCCUUUUUACAGAGGUAUCUGUCUUAUAAAGAGUCAAAUAUAGGGAGUAAAGAAUGGCAGGGACCAACUCUAAGUGUCCGUUUUACGGAGGUGUCCGUCUUAUACAUGAAGAUGUAGCUCCUUGAAGUUUCGAAAAUUUGCAUCAUCGUCACCAUACAAACGUCUGUAAAAUCUCACGACUUUGAGGAGCUAUAUCUUCAGUUAGUUUUCAAACCUGGCAAUUUUACAAAUCUUAAGAUGUUCUUUUCAGUGGUGUCCACGGAUUUUCCCUAACUUGUUCAUGUCUAAAGUUGAAAAAAAAAACCGUGAAAAUGUCUAUUCUCUUCCAAACAAUCUAGAUUUGUCGUAACCUGUUCUCGGAAGAGACCCCAUGUGUAGUGGAUCGAUUCUCGUAAACGAACACCUUUCGUAACCCACCACUAACUUGUUGCCUUUUGGUUGGUCGUUUACGCGAGGUUCGAGUGUAUAGAGCUUUUUUGAACAGCUGAGAGUUUUAGAAUUGAACUCAUGAAGCUAAUCGGUAUCAACAAGCUAAUUUUUACUAGUUUUAACUUUUUAAUUAUAUUUGUAACGAGCCUAAUUAACCUCUCUGAUUCGUCUCAGGUAUUAUGACCCUCCACCGUCGCUUGCUGCUUUGUCAUUUCUUACCAAACAGUGUUCCCCUGUUCCCCUCAAAAUCGCCCUUGUGGAUGGUGGAAACAUCUCAUUUUACAGCGUGUUGGACGUAGACAGCCCAACGUUUAUCACAAGGGGUUGAUUCUUUACGUCAAAGAUAAAAACUCGGGAUAAAUCCCUGAAUGAGACGCGCGGUCAUACGCUAACACAAGCGUUAGUGUGAACAGGAAUCGAGCUGAGACAAGAAAAAAGGAUCUCUUUCCGCUCACGACAACAAGCAUGUGUCAAGAACUCCAUGCAGCGGGAGAUAUACCGAAGUGAACGAUAGCGUUGUGAAGAUCGUGGCGUAAGCUUUUAUCGGCAAACUUAAUAAUGCCUUUUAUCUGAACAGUGCUAAAGAAUGUUGUUUCUAACAUAACAUUCGCGAUUAUGUUUAACCUCCGAUAAU